AUGCACGAAGAAAUAAGCUACUCAACAACGACCUUCUCCAGCAAAGGAGUCCUCGUUCAGUGCGAGAAAGCUCUUGCUGCUGCCAAGAACGGAGCACUUUCUUUGGGGAUUCAGGCUGCAAAUGGGACUGUUCUUGCCUCCCUUAAAAAGAGGCCUUCUCCCCUGGUGGUUUCCAGCAGGGUCCAGAAAGUGCAUAAAGUCUGCGAUUCCAUCAUCUCCACGUAUUCCGGGCUAAGCGCCGACUUCAGAGCGGCCCUGGAAAUUGCCCGAGAAAUUGCUGAUGAUUUUCUGAAAGUGUACGGAAAGUAUCCUCCUCUGGAGACGUUUGUUCGGGAAUUUUCGAAGAGCAUCCAGGAAAAGACGCAGAAGGCAGGGCUUAGGCCGAUUGGAUGCGUCUGCUUAUUUGCAGGGGCUGAGGAAAGGGCAGGAUUGUACCACAUUGACCCUUCUGGAUCGAUAAAAAGUGCCAGGACCUUUGCCGUUGGAAGGUUCUUCCGGGAAUGUGCGCAGUUUUUGGAGAGAAGGUGCUCGGAGGAGAUCGAGAUAAACGAUGCUGUCGUAAUUGCAGCACUUGCAAUGCGGGAGUUCACAGAAACGGCAAUUUCCGAGGAAGAUGUUGACAUUUGCACGGUUACUUCAGAGGGAAUACACGCUCACUCCCAGGAGGAAAUUCGGGAGAUUUUCAGGAGCAUGCAAUAA